AUGAACACCACAAACAACAACAAGAAGGGUGGAUCGGAUGACAAGAAGAAGGCACACCCAUCUUUUGAUGGCCAGGACUUCGAAGUGUGGCUGGAGCGAAUGGCUUUGAAGCUCCAACGCAACGGCCUGUGGAGCUACUCAAAAGAGAUCCUGUACGAUGGCAUGACUGACAAGAUAAUGAAGACAGUCAAGUACGAGGCAACCCCGUACAGAGUGAUGGAAUACUUGAAAAAAUCGUUGAGGAAGCUGCAGUUGGACGUCAAGGGUAAUAUGUCGGACCAUCUCGGCGAGAUCCGACUACUGAUGGACAGGAUCGGGCUGCUUGGGAAGCCACUGGACGACUACGAGAAGACGGCUCUACUCAUUGGCUCGCUUCCCAGAGACUACGACAAUGUGGUGGAGGCGUUCUUGGCCUCUCACGUGCCGACUGACCCAAACGAACCCCCGAACUAUGAGCACUUGGAGCACGCCCUUGAAACUGCGUACGACCGCCGCCAAGACUGCUAG